AUGUCUAAAUGGAAGAGAAAGAAGGAAGAACCUGCACCUGAACCAGAAGAAGAAAUGUCACCACUAGCAAUCUGUUUGCUGGAGCACUAUGCACAAGGGAUGUCUGGCCCAUCAGUCCAAGCCAUUGCCAUGGCUGCAUCAAAGUCUGGAGCCACAGGCACAGGCAUCUCAGAGCUGGCAGCUCUGGGGAACCAUGGCAGGUCCAGCAACCACUGCGCAAGUCAAAUGGUGACAAAGUAUUGUCAAUCUGAACAGAUCACAUUUCCCAAUCCAUAUUUUGCAGAGAUCCCAUGCCUGGUGAAGAAACCAAAUGAAUGGGAAGUUGAAUUGAAAAGUGUGGCACUGUUUUUGCCUCAUGAACUGUUUGCCUGGCUAGAAGGCCAGGAGCAAGUCAGUGGCUUCAGCAAACUGGCUACAUUUUGGCAAGAUCAUUUGGAAAAUGAUCCAAAAUUGAAGUUCAACCCUGCCAAGAUAGAGCCUCAGUCACUGCUGUCAGAUGCCAAUGUGAGCAGAUCACAGCUUCUCAUAGCUGUCAUGCCCAAAUCAGCUAUGAGCAAAUCAGAGGUCAAGGAGAAGGACACAAUGGAGCAGCUCUGGAACAUUGAAAGAUUGAAAGAAGUCUACACGAGGCUGCAGGUGCAAUAUGAGGAGCAGGCAAUAGAUUCAAGCAACCGCAUCAAGCACCUGAAGAUGAGCAGCUUUUGCAAUCCUGCAGAGAAAUACAAGAGCUUCCCUGAAUUAUCAGGGUUCAAAGCCAGGCAAAUCAGAUACAUGGUUCCAUGCUUCUUGGACAUAUGCAAGCAGACCCUCAGAGAAGACAGGCCAUACACCCGCCACAGGCUCCUAUGCCUCCAGAAUCUUGAGUCCAUGUACACCAUCAUGGAAGAGAGUGGCAUGCAUUUGUCUGCCAAGGCUUCUAAAAAGUUUCAGCAGGUGACUGACUUGUGCAUGCUCCACUUUGCCAAGUGCAGCAAGCUGACAAUCCAGGACAAACUCCUCAUGUGGAACACCAUCCACAAAUGUCACUUGACUUGCCAUCUUCCAUCUCAGGCUGCCUACUUGAACCCUCGCUUUGUCUCCACCUACCAUGGUGAGACCAUGGUAGGCUACAUGGCUGCUCUUGGCCAUUCUUGUUUGAAUGGAACACCAGGACACAUGGUGCCAGCAAGGGUGGCCUGGAGAUUUCGCCUUGGCAUGCAUCUGAGGAGCAUGGGCCAUGGCUUGGAUGCAGAAACUGAGUUUGAGGAUUGA